GUCUCCUUUAGUUCAUACUCUGCAUAGAUGUCAACAACUUCGUCCGUCAAUGUUUAUUUUAUAAUGUUUAUAAUAAUUAAGGCUAUAUUGCUAUUAUUAAUGUUAUCACCAUUGUUGAUUGAUUCUCAUUUGCUUCCUGACAAAACCCAACUUAGUGAGUUGAAGAAAAUGUGUGAGCAUGCGUACACAUGUUUUCACGACCUUGUCAUCGUAUGUGGCAAGUCCGUCAACGAAGCGAGAACAUUCCUAGACAUAUGCGAUUUAUAUGAAUAUUCCUGCGAAUACCAUAUGGUUUUUCGCCAUGUCAAAGAAGAAGAAGGUGUUUGUCCCGAUCCAAGAACCAUACCGUUCGGAAUGGGAUAACUGAAAACUCCAACAUGCAGACUUAUACUACUUAAAUCAUACAUUACAUACUUUAUGCAUUUAAACGUAUAUUUGAAUAAUAGGUAUCUCAAUUCAACGAUACUGUUUUUCAUAUUAUAUUUAUAUCAGUUGUUUUCGAGUUCUUAGCAAUUUCCUGUAUUACAUUGAAACUAGUAAAAUAGUUACGGUAUUUUUAUGUGUACGCAAUAAAUAGUGAAGAAAGAUUA